AAAGAAUAUCUAAAGAAAAUCUGCGAGAGAAACAGUAGUCAUGGUAAAAUCCGCACACUCAAAACAGAACAAACACCGGCUUCUUCCUAUCUCUCUCUAGAACUCCGUGCUCUCACUACGGCUGGUAUUUAGAGAGGGAGAGAGACCUGCCAUUGUUGCUCAGAGAACGUUACAUUACAUUCUGUGUUUUAGAGAGAGAAAGGAUCAGUGAGAAGCAAGAAACCAGAGAAAAGGAGAAUUAGAGAGAGAGAAGCAGAUGGGGAGGAAGCCAUGGAAGCUGAUCUUAUCGGUUUGUGUUCUGUCUCUGGUCUCUCUGGGCAUGCCUUUUUCUUCUUCUUCCCCAUUCACCCAUUUCUCUUUCUUCUCAGCCAUGGCUCCUUUUGUGAGCUGAUCUGAAUUUCUUCUUCUUUAUCCAAAAGCUUCGCACUUUCUCUGCUUUGAUUCUGAUAAGCUUUCUGGGUUUCGUCAUUUAUCAAAGUACCAUUUGGUCGAUUGUUUUCCAUUUUCUCUUCUUGUACUGGAGCUCUGCGAACAGAGAACGAAACCCAUUAAAAUACAGGUUUAUCCCUAACUUUUUAUCAUAAUUACGGUAAUGCCAUUAGGUUUGUUAAAGCCCCUCGGACCUUAUUUUCCUCCUUUUCGACACUCUUAGUCUUAGCAGACAUUUCCAAGUCUUCAAAUUUCUCUCGUCUCCUUUCAGUGACUUGGUCAGGGUUUCUCCAUCAUUCUCGUUCGUAAGAUGACGCUAAUGGUCUGGAGAAUGGCUGCUUUCGCAUCGCCUUCUGCUUCAGGUUUUGCUCAUAUUCAUCCCCUAGAGAGAGGUACUCUGAACAAUUUCUUGCAUUGUUCAUCUGUUUUAUGUUGUCGGAGAUCGGCUUUUUCCGGUGGUAGAGAUUGCAGUACGUCUUACAGAGAGAGAUUGAGAUGUGGGUUUCAUGAUUGUCAUGUGGAGAAUGCCAUUGAUUUGUUCGGUCAGAUGGUUCGGUCUCGUCCCUUACCUCCCGUCGUUGAUUUCAGUAAAUUAUUGAGUUCUAUCAUGAAGACCAAACGGUAUGAUGUUGUGAUUUCGCUCUCCAAGAGAAUGGAAUUGCUUGGGGUUUCACAUGAUAUCUACUCUUUUAACAUUCUGAUCAAAUGUUUCUGCCGUUCUGGUCAAGUGUUUUUGGGCUUAUCUGUUAUGGCAAAAAUCUUGAAACUCAGCUACAAACCUAAUGUAGUCACAUACAACACACUAGCCCUUGGGUUCUGUAUCCAAGGCAAUAUUUUCGCUGCGUUAAGUUUGGUUGACCAAAUGGUGAAAGAGGGAUACAAGCCUAAUGUAAUCACAUACAACACCUUAGCUCAUGGGUUUUGUAUCCAAGGCAAUAUUUCCGUUGCGCUAAGUUUGGUUGACCAAAUGGUGAAAGAGGGAUACAAGCCUAAUGUGGUCACAUAUACCAUCCUAGUUCAUGGACUCUGCAUCCAAGGCAAGAUUUCUGCUGCGUUAAGCUUGGUUGACCAAAUGGUGAAAGAGGGAUACGAGCCUAAUGUGGUCACAUUCACCACUUUGAUCAACGGAUUUUGUCUUGAGAGUAGAAUUUCUGAAGCAUUGAGUUUGCUUGAUGAGAUGAUGCUAACUAUGGAUUGUCAACCCGACGUAGUCACAUAUGCCGUUGUUAUAAAUGGGGUUUGCAAGUUAGGGGAUUAUGAUUUGGCGUUGACUUUGCUCAUGAAGAUGGAGGAAAUGCGUAUUGAAGUCAAUGUCAUAAUUUAUAGUAUGAUAAUUGAUUGUCUUUGCAAAGCUGGACGCAUAGACGAUGCAUUGAACCUUUUUGGGAAGAUGGGGGACGUCGGGAUUGUACCAAAUGUUGUUACAUACACCUCUUUGAUAAACGGCCUUUCCAAGUUUGGUAGAUGGGAUGAUGUUGCCCGAUUGUUGAGUGAGAUGGUUGAAAUGAAAAUUAACCCUAAUGUUGUCACUUUUAGUGUAUUAAUCGAUGCCCUCUGUAAAGAGGGAAAGUUUCUGGAGGCCGAGGAAUUGUGCGAGGAGAUGAUCCAAAGUGGGCUAGUUCCGAAUACGUUUACUUAUAAUUCUAUGAUAAACGGUUACUGCAAGGCUAAUAGGGUCGGUGAGGGUAUGAAUCUCUUUUAUGAGAUGUCUCGAAGAGGAUUGGUUGCUGAUACAAUUACAUAUAACAUUCUCAUCCAAGGGUUUUAUCGGGUGGGCAAGCUUGAUGCUGCCCAAAAGCUUUUCCUGGAGAUGCAGUGUAAGGGACAUCAUCCUGAUCUUGUAACUUACAGCAUUUUGCUUGAUGGCCUUUGUAAGAAUGGAAAAACAGAGAAGGCGCUUGGCCUAUAUAAUGAUCUGGAAAAGAGUGGGAUUGAGCUUCGUAUAUCUUCCCAUAAUGUCAUUAUGCAUGGUUUGUGCAAGGUUGGGAGGGUUGACGAGGCGUUGAUACUAUUUAAUAGGCUUCUUGAUAAAGGGGUGAAACCGGAUGUUAUCACGUAUAAUAUAAUGAUUUCCGGACUUUGCGGAAAAAGUUCAUUCUGUGAAGUCGAAACGGUGAUUGGGAAGAUGAAGGAGGCUGGUUGUUUUCCUGACGAUCGUAUAUAUAACGUAUUGAUUAGGAGUUGUCUCAGGAAUGGCUUUCUUUCGAUGGCUAUCGAGCUGACGCGAGAAAUGCGGAGCAAUGGGUUUUCUAUACAUGCAUCGACCUCAGGUAUGAUAAUAGAUAUGGUAUCUCAAGGUAGAUUGGAAAACAUGUUUUUGGAUCUUCUCUCGUAGUAGUUGUAAGCACUAAAGGGCUGAUGAGAAGAGGCAACAUCGAAUGGUUGUUUGUUUGAGUGUGUUUAUAAUCAAAACCUCCUUUGGUAUCAUCUGCUUAACGUGUUUGAGUGUCAUGACCCCAGUUUACAUUUAUUUUGGUUUUGAUACUUGUAAUGUUCUUUUUUAAGCACAAUACGUUGGCAUAAACUUGUUUAUUAGAAAAACAUAUUUAUUCACA